GAUAGAUUUCCAAACACCUCACGUAAUGAGUUUGUUUUUCAGAGCUACUUACCCUUCCAGUCCAUUUACUGUACAGCUCUUGAUCAGGAUCUGGAAUAUGCUAGCUCCCUCUAUGAAAACUAUGAACUGCUACACACUCAUAAGUUCAUCGAGCCAUUGUCUGCAAGAAGGGUUGAAUAUGAAAAAGCAAGAAAACAAAUCAAAGACAGGUGGCAUCGAGAACUCAAGAAAAUGGAGGAAACAGUUUCAAAUCUUCGAAAAGCCAGAGCACUGUAUGUUCAAAGACAGCAAGAUUAUGAAAAGGCCAAAGAUUCUGCAGACAAGGCUGAAAAUUGUGAGAACAGCGAGUCUUCAAGCAAAGUAGACAAAAAACGGCGACUUGAAGAUGAUACCCUUCAGAAGGCUAAAGAAGCUGAAACAACUUACAAAGCUUGUGUAGCUGAAGCUAAUGAGAGACAACAAUGUUUAGAAAAAACAAAGAAGGAAGUGUUAGAAGAAGUGCGAGAAUUAAUCUGCCACUGUGAUCAGACAAUGAAAGCCGUGACUGUGUCUUACUUCCAGCUUCAGCACGCCAUGUCGGCACCGUCUCCUGUUCAGUUCCAGACACUGUGUGAAAGCAGCAGGCUUUACGAACCAGGACAACAGUACAUGGAGUAUGUAAAGAGACUACCUGAACCAUCGGGAAGGUCUUCCAAGGUGUUGCCUGCCUUUGUGUUUGAACCUUAUUCACCUGAUUCCAGGUAGGAAGAAAG